AUGGACAGCUGGACAAAGAUUCUUAUCCCCAAUCACCAUCAGGUAAUGGUUAGUUUUCCAAAAAAAGAUAUGACUGAAACAUAUCAAUGCGAAAAAGAGAAACUCUCUCUGUACAGUGAACAACCUCUAGAUACACAUUUGAUCUUAGCGACAUGUGACAGCAGACAGCCACCUGUUUCUCUCUACAAUGUCAGCAAGCUGCACAUUCACUUUAGGUCUGUGACAUUGUCUCCAGAGACAGGAUUUCGACUUGUUUUCUCUUUUAACGCCCUCUCCGCUCUUCCCCAACACCUGAGGGACGGCAGGUGGAACUGCUCUGUGCCGCACUGGCCCGACUUCCGCCUGCACUUCCGGUGUGACCUGGUGUCCGACUGCGUGGGCAACGAGGACGAAGUGGACUGUCCUUACACCAGUCACGUGUGUGGUCCAGGCUUUCUGUCAGCUAAUGGCACAUGUCUGCAGUUUGUGAAGACAGUCAAGGAAGUGUCCUGGGAGACAGCUAAGAAAACUUGCGAGUCUCGAGGUCUGCUGCUGAUGACAGCGAACACACCGGCAGAAGAGGAGGCAACUCGAGAUCUUCUGCUGCAGUAUUUUCCAAAGUCCGAAUAUUUGGCUUAUGGGCUACAGCCGUCUUCCUCGCUAUUGCCACGCAUGUACAGACAUGUGUUGAAAGGAGUGGAUGGAAUAGCAAAUUAUCUGCAACCAGUGGAUGUUAUGUUAGGAUACAAUGAGUGCCUGGGAGUCCACAUUCACUCAGACCAUCACUUAAGACCAGCUAUCGCAAGCUGCAGGUCCAACUUCUGGUCAUGGUUCGCCUGCAAGUAUCCUGUUAGUCGCCAUGACACUCUACCACAGAUGCCGGUGUCACUCACAGCCAGCUGGUCAGUGGACGUCUCUCAGUGUCCGUCACUCCACUACACACACACUUUCUUCGCUUGUGACGUCAAGAGUGAGUGCUGGGCGGACAAGUACGACAACUCUAAGACAUGUAGUACUCCUCUGACGUCACGUCCUCCUUCGUUCUCGUGCAUCAACGAGAUUCAACGUGUGCCCUACUCCCUUGUGUGCGAUCAUCGUUCUGACUGCUCCGAUGACAGUGACGAGAAGUUCUGCAUCUUUUCUUCAUGUCCUUUGAGCAAGAACGAUUUUGUGUGUGACAACAAACAGGUAAACAGUUGAGCGUGGGGAUGACGGUUGCCUUUUUUCUCAACUAGUAGUAUGGUAUGUCGGGACAAAUUUAUUUAAACGUUAUUCACAUGGUCUGUGCGGGAUCCUUUUUUCGAAUCGGUAUUAGCUUCAUUUGCUAAUAUUUUAUGCUGACUUACUCUCAUUUAUGACACUGUUAUCGUCUUCUGAUGACCACUUUGAUUGACACUUGCUUUGUUCUUUACAGUGCAUUCCAAAUCAUUUUCAAUGCGAUGGUUUCUUGCAUUGCCUAGAUGGCUCAGACGAAACAAGAUGCUG